CCCUCCGCGCACGCGGGUUAUUCCUGCGGAAUGACAGUAAAUAGUGUGGCUGGAUAUGAGGGGCGGAGUCAGCGCGUCUACUCCACAUCCAUCAGAAUAAUCCCCAGCUCAGGACCUGAACGGAUAAACCUCCAUGCCGUGUGGAGGAGCAGGGACGCGUGAACAUGGACACAGCGCUGCGGUGUUUUUUGUGUUUAGGCCUGUGAGGAGAUCUUUGACCAUAUGGAUUUACUGCGCUUUAUGUCACGCUGAGCGAUGAAGGAUUCCGACAGCGAGUAACUUGAGCAGGACGCGCAGAAUGAACUGGAUAAACACUCUUCUAAACGUAGGAUUUGAGUGACAAUAUAUUGGACACGUGUAGGUCUUCCUUUGUUAGCCAGUGUUCUACUUCAGUGCCUGUUCUGAGGAGCCUUUAUGAAUGACCCCCUUCAGUGACCUCCAUUGACUUUGCUGGAAAUGCUGAGGAGAGUAAUGGAUUUGUUCUUCUCUCUGCAUCCAUCCUCUUAUUACCAGUGUGCCUGGAUGCAGAUGAAUCCACACAUACCGAGGAGACAGAGUGAGAUCAUUGUCAUAGUAACUGCUGGACUGAUAAAGCAAUGUGCCGCAACUUGUGGCUAAAAGUCACAUGUUCCCACUUAAUAAAGAGCUACUGUUUUGAAUGGUUCCUUAUAUCCAAAUGGUGUGCUGCCAAAUCCUGCACAUCGAAAAGAAACCCAGUGCAGUGUAUUUGGCUCUUUUUGUAGGGCACUGUGAAGUCGGUCUUCUCUGUCAGGUACAGGGACUGCUGAGAACUAAUGUUGCCUAAAACAGAUGUAUCAACCUCAAGUUGCUUCAGUGAUUGACUCUGGUUGUUUGCUGGAGUGGGCCAGGCUCCAACCUCAUGGCAUGGGUCAAACUAUUUAAAAAGCCUGGAGGCAACAUGGCUGGUACAGGUGCCUGGAGCGGGACGGGGCUGGGCAAGUCCUACCAGCCGGGCAGUAUGAUCUCUCUCGCUUUGACCAAAGGUCUUCUUAAUGAGCCAGGCCAGAACAGCUGCUUCCUCAACAGUGCUGUGCAGGUUCUUUGGCAGCUUGACAUCUUCAGGAGGAGCCUACGGCAGCUCUCUGGCCAUUUCUGCUUGGGUGAUGCCUGUAUUUUCUGUGCUUUAAAGAGCAUCUUCUGUCAGUUCCAGCAGAGUCGAGAGCGGGCUCUGCCGUCAGAUACCCUGCGUCAUGCUCUCGCUGAGACUUUUAAAGAUGAGCAGCGCUUCCAGCUGGGCCUCAUGGAUGAUGCAGCAGAGUGUUUUGAGAACAUUUUAGAAAGGAUACACCUGCACCUGGUUUCUGAUUCAGCCACAGAAAUGUGUACUUCUAAAUCGUGCAUCACCCACCAGAAGUUUGCCAUGACCCUCUAUGAGCAGUUUGUCUGUCGUAGCUGUGGCGCAUCAUCAGACCCUCUUCCCUUCACUGAGCUUGUGCACUAUGUCUCCUCCACGGCCCUAUGUCAACAAGUGGAGCGAAUCUUGGAGAAGACGGACAGACUACGUUCGGACAUGUUUGGUGAACUGCUGCAGGCAGCCAACACCAUUGGAGAUCUCCGCAACUGCCCUAGUAACUGUGGGCAGAGUAUCAAAAUCCGCCGAGUGCUGAUGAACUGCCCAGAGAUCGUCACCAUUGGCUUCGUGUGGGACGCCGAACAGUCUGACCUCACUGAAGAUGUCAUCCGCUCUCUGGGUCCAAACCUCAAUCUCUCGGGGCUGUUCUAUAGAGUCACUGAUGAAAAUGCCAAGAAGAGAGAUCUCCACCUGGUGGGAAUGAUCUGUUACUCUAGUCGACAUUACCUAGCAUUCGCUUUUCACAGCAAGUCUUCCAAAUGGAUCUUUUUUGAUGAUGCAACCGUUAAAGAGAUCGGCUCCAAGUGGAAAGAUGUGGCAUCUAAAUGUAUCCGAGGUCACUUCCAGCCGCUCCUCUUGUUCUACGCCAACCCAGACGGUACGGCAGUGUCCAAUGAGGAUGCCCCCAGACAGACCACCAUGUGGUCACGUUACAGCUCCCUCCUCAAUGGGAAGGGGACAGAUACUCAGCUGUCAGGCUCUAAGAAACUGGACAGUGUGAGAGAUAUGAGUGCUGGUUCCCAACGAACAAAUCAGGGAUCCCACAAAACAAUGCAGUCUUCAGCCAAUCGGUUUAAAGUGCUUCCAGAAAGUCCCAGCAGGUUCCGAGAGUCUUCCAGAGAUUUUUCUCACCGAGGAGGAGGACAGAAAAGAGAGAGCGAAAGAAGCUACCGAAGAUCAGACACUCUCCAACACAAAGAUAUGACAUAUCCUCGAUCAUCUUCUCCCCCUGAGAAUGGCCCGAGGUUUCAUUCUGACCAGAGACACAGAACUCUUCCCUCACGAGUCUCUCGACCUGAGCAUUCUUCAGUACAUCCUCGUGUAUCGCUCCAGGAGUCCACCCGCUCAAACCAGGGAAUGGCCUCUGGCUCUACUCGUCACAUCGAUUCAUCCCUCUGUCACCGUGGCACUGCAAGUCUCCCGGAGCGUAGCAAGUCCAAGCCGUCAUGGAGACCAGUGCGAGAGGUCCUGAACGUAGACAGCGUGCUAAGCGAACUAGAGCGGCGCCAGCAGCAGCAGCAGCAGCGCGGGAGCCCUCGAUGCGUCCGUCGCUUUGGCCACGAGAGAGGACUGAUGAAGGAAAAACAAAAAGGUCUGAUGACUAUUUAUGAAGAUGACUCGCGUUUGGAGACCGAAAGUCAGAGCUCCCAGGAGUCUCAGCGACAGAUGAUGGUGACGAGGCCUAAAGGUGGAGCAAAUGUAGCGCAGCGGAGCGAUAACUGGAUGAUUCAGAGGACAGAAUCUGGAUACGAGAGCAGCGAUAGGUUGAGCAGUGGUUCCACCAAUCCUGACUCUCCAGGUGUUGAGAACUUCACAGGCAAAGACAUCAGACUCAGCCAAGAUGCACAGCACCUCAGGGAUCAAGGCCAUAAUAACCAAGGUGACUCAAAAAUGGAGGCAGUGCGUUCUCCGCUGUACCACAGUAAACAUUUGGUUAAAAUUCAGGGAAAGAACUCAGAACAUCUCAUGAAAGGCAGCCCAAGUUCAAGAAGGAAGCUGAGAUACUCAUCCUGUGGUGCCAGGAAAGGGUGCAAUGCAGAGAAAGACCCGUCGACUGGUGAACUUCAAGCAGAGCAACAGGAAGUUUCCAUGCGAUGGCACCACAGCCCAGAAAGCCCUCUACUGCGCCGCCUGGGCAAGAUCAGCAGUUCAGAAUGUAACAGUUCUGACGAACUCACUAACCCUCUUUCAGAGCAAGAAGACAGCGCUUAUCGUUCCAGCACCAGUGAAGUCGCUCCACACGAAUCACCGGGGCCUAAUCGCAGCUACCCGUUGCAGCCAAGGGAAGAUUCAGCCAUAGCUCCAUCGAUGCCAACUUACUCCAAACACGCCCAGCGGCCCAUCGAGAUAAAGACUCCACCCUUCCGUCCCAGAAUUUUACAGGAGCCAUCGCAGACGGCUUCCAGAGCCUCCGCCCGGGGCAUUCCGUCCUCGCACACCACCACAGUACACAGGCGAUUGGAAGUCAACGGCACGUGCCCAAGCUCGUCCGACGUGAGUUCUGACCAGGAGAGAGGGGAGCAGGUGUCCAGCGAGCCUGAAGAAAGAUCUUGUGUUUGGGAAAAGCCAUCUGCUUCGGUGUCUCCAGGAUCUGGAGUGGCGCUGACUACUUAUUUCUCUGUGGAUAACUGUAUGACAGACACCUACAGACUGAAGUAUCACCACCAGAGGCCGUUGGUCCUCUCCAUGCCUGAGCCGAGAGGAGCUGUCAAGGACGGGAGAGACACAGGACACUCAAGCCGCAUAGAGAGCCAAUCUGAGCGUGCCAAAAAUAAGCCUGACCCUGGCAAUAGCAACAAUAAGCCCACUGCUAAAUGGCACCCUGUCACUUCAAAAGGGCUAGAUGAACAUGGAUAUUUGUGAAAGUUAUGGUCCUGGUGACCCCGUGAGACGUAAUGCAAGAGAAUUGCCAAAGAAGUUGAAAAAAAAAAAAAAAAAAAAGAUUGUUUUUGUACUUGUAAUUACACCGUCUUUGUAUCUGAGGGCCAGUGAUAGGAGAGACUUGUCCUUUUGUACCCUCUUCCUGUAAAUUGUGACGUCCGAGUAUCUUAUAAGAGCCAUCCACAGGAGGGCAGUAUGCACUUUGGCUUGAAUCAGUAUUUGCUUGUAAACAGGAAUGACCAUUUUAUGCUGAAUAUCAAAUUGAUUAUCUUUUACUGAAUCGUGACAGGUAACAGAAUAUAUAUAUAUAUAUAUAUAUAUAUAUAUAUAUAUAUAUAUAUAUAUAUAUAUAUAUAAAAAAUUGUCUUAAAAGACAAAAAUGGCGAUUGUGUUAUUGACUUUAAUUUUAUUGCAAAUGGACCUUUGUACAUACUCCCUAGAGGUUGUUUGUGGAGUGCCUUCCUGCGAUUUUUUUCAUGCAAAACACUGACAUGAUUCAAAAUAAAUGAUAUCCACUAUA